UGUUGCGCAUGUCGGGUCAUUUCGAAGUUUCGCGCCAAAUCAGGGAAGCAAAGUGUAAACAGUCCCACACAGCAGAAGUUAGCUACCUCGCUAAUAACUUGGAAGAUAUCUACUUUUGAACUACUGUGAGUUUUUAAUGGAAACACAUUCGUACAUUCCCGUGCCUCCCGGGGUGGGGAUGGAAGAGAAUUUCUUAUCUCUUGAUGACAUUUUGCUUUCUCAUGAGAGGCUACCCAGUCGGACAGAAUGCACAUUUCCCCGACUGGGAUUCCUGGAGAAAUCGAGUGACUCGCGAGACAUUCAAGAGGGUACGAAGAUGGAGAUGCCCCUGUUCCUGGCAAAGGGCUUGUAUGAGAGGAAGAGGCGUGUUGUCUCAGUGGAGCUGCCUAAGGUCUACAAAGAGGGCUGGAGGACUGUGUUCAACGCAGACCCCACUGUAGUAGACCUUCACAAGAUGGGACCCUAUUACUAUGGCCUCGGUUCCCAGUUGCUGCACUUUGACAGCCCUGAGAAUCCGGAGAUUGCCCAGGCAGUACUUCAGACAUUCAUUGGUCGUUUCCGCCGGACCAUGGAUUCCUCACAGAAUGCCUACAACGAAGACACGUCAGCCCUGGUGGAGCGCUUGGAUUACCUGGAGAGGGCACUGUUCAGGGCAGGGCAGAGCGGCCUCAACAGCUUCCAGAACUGGGAGAGGGGCCGCGCAUCAACCAUCACUGCCUCUAGCCUGGUGCUCAACUACCGCAAGAGGAAGAUCACUGAUCUGCAGCCCUAAGGGACAUCUCCAAAGAUGCAUCCCAAAUGGCACCAUAUUCCCUAUACAGUGCACUACUUGGGCCCUGGUCAAAAGUAGUGCACUAUAAAGGGAAUAUGGUUCCAUUUGGAAACCAAAGCAACAGGCCAGAAGAGAAAUGACUGAGUUGGAAGGAGAGUAGUGGAGGUGUGUGUGUCAUAAAAGAUAGAAAACUGAUUCCCACAUGAAACUUAGCGUUUUGCUUUUAUGUUAUGGUGUUAUCUUGUGUGUUUUAUUUUGAGAUCUUUAUACACAUUCUGUACACAAAUGUUUUUCAAAGACUUUGUAAAUAAUUCAAAAAAUAUCUGCUUUAUGUAAUGUAAGUUUGAAUUUUUAUCAAAUUAAAGCUACCGUAGUCUUUAAAUUGGAUGUCAUCCUUAAAGUAAGAAAUGUUGCCGUUUAACAGGAAUGUUUUUUUUGAAAGUAGAGUUGCCUUAUUUUGCCAAUGCAUGUGGCCAUGCAUUUCAUCAGGGAUGAUAAGGCAAAACAACUUUUAAAUGGUUGUGUAAGGAUUAACAGGAAUGUAUUACCAUUAUUAUCUAGCUCUGCAUGCAUAAUGAAUGUAUUACCAUAUUAUCUAGCUCUGCAUGCAUAAUGAAUGUAACCUAUCCUUUCUUCAUAAAUGUCAUUACUACAACAACAA